AAAUAAAACCGAAAAAAAUGCCUAAUUUCAAAAAUUCAAACACUAUAAACCCCGACAACAUUUCCUGCUAUUCCUUCCAUCCUCCCUCCCCUCCUUCUUCCCAUGACAACACUCGCUGCAACUUCGCCACUGUAAAUCCCUUUUUCUCUCUCCUCCUUAACCGAUUUCAGUUUACUCCCCCCCAAAAACCUUCAUCAACUUCUCAAAAAUGGCGUCCAAACUCAAGAUCUACUGCUUUCUAGUGUCACUCUCUCUCCUCCUAUGCCUUCCUUCCAUGGCUUCUUCUUCUUCAGGUAUUCUUCGCAAAACUUACAUAGUUCAUAUGAACCACCAUGAAAAACCUUCAACCUUCAAUACCCACCAUGAAUGGUACUCCUCCAAUCUCGAUUCUCUCUCUUUUAACUCUGACCCUCUCUCUUCCUCUGAAUCGUUGUCUUCUUCACCUUCUCUUCUGUAUUCAUACUCCUCUGCUUACUCUGGUUUCGCCGCCUCGCUAACGGCCGCCGAAGCCGAAACGCUGCGGCAAAACGACGCCGUUUUCGGAGUGUACGAAGAUACUGUUUACACUCUGCAUACUACUAGAACCCCUGAAUUCCUCGGCCUUGAUGUUACCGGAGAAGGUCUCUCAGCCGGGGACAACUUUGAUGCUUCCGAUGUAAUUGUGGGAGUUCUCGACACCGGGAUCUGGCCCGAGUCGAAAUCGUUCGACGAUUCGGGUAUGCCGCCGGUGCCAACUCGGUGGAAGGGCGAGUGCGAGUCAGGCCCCGAGUUCCCUCUCUCCUCCUGCAAUAAGAAACUCGUCGGUGCAAGGAGCUUCUCGCACGGGUAUAAGAUGGCUUCUGGAGGAAUCAUAAACACCGACGACAUCGUUUCACCUAGGGACACCGACGGACAUGGGACCCACACGGCGAGUACCGCCGCCGGGGGACACGUGUCGAACGCUAGUUUGUUGGGGUACGCUAGUGGGAUCGCGAGGGGGAUGGCUCCCCGUGCAAGGGUAGCGGUUUACAAAGUUUGCUUCAAAUCGGGGUGUUUUGGGUCGGAUAUUCUCGGCGGAAUUGAUAAGGCAAUUUCCGACGGAGUUGAUGUACUGUCGCUUUCUCUAGGCGGAGGAUCAGCGCCGUAUUUUCGCGACACUAUCGCAAUCGGCGCUUUUUCAGCCAUGGAGAAAGGGAUAUUCGUAUCUUGCUCCGCCGGUAACAGCGGGCCAACACGGGCUUCGCUUGCGAACACGGCGCCUUGGAUUAUGACAGUUGGGGCGGGAACAUUAGAUCGGGAUUUCCCGGCUUUUGCUAUUUUAGGAAAUGGUAAGAAGUUCACUGGGGUUUCCCUUUAUAGUGGGAAAGGAAUGGGGAAGAGAUCAGUGGGUUUGGUUUAUGGAGGUAAUGGUAGGAGAAAUGGGUCAAGUAAUUUGUGUAUGCCUGGGUCAUUAGACCCGGCAACCGUGAAAGGGAAAGUGGUGGUGUGUGAUCGUGGGGUGAAUGCUAGGGUGGAGAAAGGAGAGGUUGUUAAAGAGGCGGGUGGGGUUGGGAUGAUACUGGCAAACACCGCCGCUAGCGGUGAGGAAUUGGUGGCGGAUAGUCAUUUGAUUCCAGCAGUGGCGGUGGGGAUGAAGGUUGGUGAUGUGAUCAGGGAGUAUGUGAGGAGUUCUGGUAAGAAAGCCACCGCCAUGUUGAGUUUCGGUGGGACUGUGUUGAAUGUGAGGCCGUCGCCGGUGGUGGCGGCGUUUAGCUCUCGUGGGCCGAACAUGGUAACGCCGCAGAUCAUGAAGCCAGAUGUGAUUGGGCCUGGGGUUAACAUCUUGGCUGCUUGGUCUGAGAUUGCUGGACCUACUGGGUUGGAGAAAGACACUAGGAAGACCAAGUUUAACAUUAUGUCAGGCACAUCAAUGUCAUGCCCACACAUAAGUGGAUUGGCAGCAUUACUCAAAGCAGCGCAUCCCGAAUGGAGCCCAAGUGCAAUAAAAUCAGCUCUUAUGACAACGGCUUACAACCACGACAACAUGCAAAGGCCACUUCGUGAUGCCACCGAUGGAUCUCUAUCCAACCCAUGGGCUCACGGAGCGGGUCAUGUGGACCCCCACAAGGCACUUUCUCCAGGUUUAGUGUACGACAUUUCAGUUGAUGACUACAUUGCCUUCCUCUGCACUUUAGACUACACCCCGUUACACCGUCAAAUCAUUGCAAAGAGGCCAAAUAUUACCUGUUCAAAGAAACUAUCAGAUCCAGGGCAGCUAAAUUACCCCUCAUUCUCUGUCUUAUUUAGUGGUAAGUCAAGGACGGUGAGUUACACCCGGGAACUGACCAAUGUGGGUGCUGCUAGAACUUUGUACCAAGUUCAUGUUGAUGCACCUUCAACAGUAGGAGUUAAAGUGAGGCCUACAAGACUUCUUUUCAGGAAUGUUGGUGAGAAGAAGAAAUACACGGUAACUUUUGUCGCGAGGAAGGGGAGAACACCCCCGUCUACGAGGAAUGCUUUCGGGUCUCUUUUAUGGAGCAGUAAAGCAUACCAAGUUAGAAGUCCGGUUUCUUUUUCAUGGACUCAAGUACUGUAAGUCCUAUGCAUUUCGGGUCUCUGUUAUGGAGCAGUACGGCAUACCAAGUUAGAAGUCCGGUUUCUUUUACAUGGAAGUGUAUUUAAUCAUCUAGCUGGUUGGUUGCAUUUUUCUGCAGCUGUAAAUGCGGUUUGGAGAGAGAUGAGCAUGGAUUGCUCCAGAUCUCUAAACCGUUUGCAGUUGGUAUCAAAUUCGGGUGGGUGGUUUGAGAUCAAGUGUGGUAGUUAUGACUUAAGGGAUUGUAGUUGACUACUAAGUUAAGAGUAUAGAUUUAUUAGUAUUAGCUUUGGUUGAAGGAGUUUGCCCAUUCAAUUUGAUGUAACUGGGCCGGAAAUAUGGAAGGAAUAUUUUAUCUUCAAUGGUGUGUGUUGUUUGAUGAUUUAAUCAGAGAAUGAAAUUUCUAUGCUUCUAGA